AUGAUGAAAGCUGUGUUGGUGGCGCAUGGUGGCGCAUGGGCCAUACCCGACGUAUUGGCUGAGGCAUCAGUGGCCGGGGUCAAAGCUGCUGCUCGGGCAGGGAGUGUUAUUCUGAAGAGUGGGGGGAGUGCGCUGGAUGCUGUUGAAGUGGCCGUGAGAGUGAUGGAGGAUAAUUCAGUUUUUGAUGCAGGUCAUGGCGCUGUGCUGAAUACUGAUGGAGACGUGGAGCUAGAUGCCAUGAUCAUGGAGGGAAAAACACUCAGCGCCGGUGCUGUUUCUUCAGCUAUAAAUGUUGCUAACCCAGUUAGCCUUGCCCGUGCUGUGAUGGAAAAGACUGAACAUGUCAUGUUGACUGGCCGAGGAGCAAACCUGUUUGCAGAAAGCAUCGGUGUUCCUACAGUCCCAUCACAAGCUUUGGUGACAGAGCAGGAGAUGAAAGAGUGGCAGCAUUACAAGAAGUAUAGUGUUGGUGUCAAAGAGCUUUUUAACUCAAAGUGUGGCCAUGACACAGUUGGAGCAGUGGCUCUGGAUGCAUUUGGGAACGUUGCCUGUGCAACUUCAACAGGAGGAAUCAGGAACAAAAUGGUGGGACGAGUUGGAGAUUCUCCUAUCAUUGGAUCAGGUGGAUAUGCAGACAAUAGGAGCGGUGCUGUGUCCUGCACUGGCCAUGGCGAGUCUAUUCUGAAAGUCACCUUGGCCAGGCUAAUCCUCUUUCACAUGGAACAAGGAAAGUCAGUGUGUGAAGCAGCUGAAUGCUCUCUGCAGUAUAUGGCUGAGCGUGUUCAUGGAGGUGGAGGAGCCAUAGUUGUGUCUCCCACUGGGGACUGGAGUGCGAUGUUCACCACAGAGCGCAUGGCCUGGGCUGCCUUCAAGGGCGAACGUCUCCACUACGGUUUAAACCCGAGAGAAAUGUUUCAGGAAACACUGAAUUGA